GUUCAAAUCCCGCCAUUGGUUCCUUCUGUGAACAACCCAGGGACAAUGCAGGCGAGUGGCUAUCAACUGUAAACAUAGGGGGAGAUAUGUUCCCUUGGCAUUGACUUUGGGAGGGGCCUAGGCAUGAGUGGAGUCUUAUUGAAUAGAACUGUGUGAGUAUUUUGACUGCCUGUACAUCUCUGCACUCCUGCCGCCUCGUAGCCCGUAUUCUUUGACAGCCAGCCAGCGCUGAAGCUGCAGAGAGGAGAGAGAUACCGCAAGCACGUGGAUUGAUUGUAUGUGAAUCCGAUCUCUGCAGUGGGAAGCAGGGCAGCGCUUGAUCAACAAGGACAGAGUUGACCAUUCAAUAACCUCUAUUUUUAUCAAGACAGAGCGGAACACUUGCCCGUUAGCCAUGGAUAUGGAUGAGUUUGAGCGUCGCAGGGAGGAACGCAGGAAAAAGCGCGAGGAUAUGCGACAAGAGGUGGAAAGAAUGACCAACCAGCGCACAGAUGAUGACGAGGAAGAACUGGCCAAAGAACGUCGUCGCAAGGCACGCCAGGAGCGGCUGCGGGAUUCUGCGCUCAACCAGGACACCAUGGAAUUCAAUUCCCAAAGCAGCAGUGCAAUGGAGGAAGAGAGCAAGGUUUCCAGAGCUCCGACCAUAAUGGACGGUGACGAUGAGAUGGCAGAGAGGUUGCAAAAACGAGAGGAACGGCGUCAGAAGCGUCUUCAAGAGGCCAUGGAGCUCCAAAGCGCGUUCGACCCGACAAUAAGAGAAACUCAAGACACUUCUGGAGAGUUGCAGGGAAACGAGAGAGAGGAGGAGGAAGAGAGGGAGAGCAACCGAAGGAACGAGUGGCGGCAAGAGCCUGAACCCGAACCCGAACCCGAGCCGGAACCAGAAGUGGAACCGGAGCCGGAACUGGAACCGGAACCUGAGCCCGAGCCGGAACCAGAACCUGAACUGGAACCAGAGCCCGAGCCUGAACCGGAACUGGAGCCUGAACCCGAGCCCAAGCCCAAGCUGGAAGAGAAAAAGAAGGUGAUAGUAGAAGAAAAGUUUGAAAAGCCAAAGUUCCAAAUUGAGAAGAAGAGCCAGGUUUGGAAGGAAGAAUUUGUCGAACGCAGCGAGAAGAAUUUGUCAAAGGUGGGCUCUGAGAACGGGGAGGCUCUCCACGAGGAGAUCGCACAGAAAUAUAAAAAGAUGGAGAGAGUGUCGAGCCACUCAGAUGCCAAGUUGGCCCAAGAGGCGGAGGAAGCGGCAGCCAAGCUGGAGGCGGAGAGGAAGCUGGAGGAGCUGAGGCGGCGUCAGGACGUGAAGGAGAGCGAGGAGUUUGAGAAGAUGAAGCAGAAGCAGCAGGUGGCGGUGGUGGAGCUGGAGGAGCUGAAGAAGAAACGGGAGGGGCGCAAGAAGGUGCGGGAGGAGGAGGAGCAGAAGAGGCAGCAGGACGAAGCUGAGAGAAAGGCGAGGGAAGAGGAGGAGAAGAGGAAGCUGAAGGAAGAGAUCGAGAGACGAAGGGCAGAGGCGGCGGAGAAACGCCAGAAGCCUGAAGAUACGGAGAUAGGCAAUGAGAAGCAGCCAUUCAAAUGUGUCAGCCCCCGCGGCUCCGCCCUCAAGAUUGGCGAAAGAGCUGAUUUUUUGAAUAAAUCAGCGAAAAAGAGCACAACCACCAAGGUAGCACGUCCUGUACUGGGGGUGUCCAAGAUUGACAGCAAAUUGGAGCAGUACACCAACGCAAUUGAGGGUGCCAAAACCACCAAGGGGGGCAAGCCUUUGGCAUCGGACCUCCCGCUGACAGCUGAGGGGGUGCGGAACAUUAAGAGCAUGUGGGAAACUGGUGAUGUCUAUGGUUCUGCUUCCCCAACUAAUAAGGGGACACCCAACAAGGAAGUAGCAGGUCUGAAAGUUGGCGUGGCCGGUCGCAUCAACCAGUGGCUCACCAAAACUCCUGAAACAAACAAAUCACCUGCAGCUAAACCCUCAGACGUGAGGCCAGGAGAUGUAUCAAGCAAGCGCAACCUAUGGGAGAAUAAAACUGACACUUCCAAUGGAAAACCAACCACCCCUUCUAAGAUUACAACUGGAAGUAAGUUGACAGCAGGUUCAACAGGGGAUCAUGGCGGUUACAUUAAUGCAGGGAUGGCACCUUAUGAAAAUGGGCCUUAAAGACAUCUUCACAGAAUACUGACCCACACGGUUCUGAGGCACCUAGUUGAGUUUUCUUUAUUUAUGGAGUAUUUUAUGAACAAAUGUGUCUUCACAUCUUCCCAGUCAUCGCCACGUGUAAUAUCAAUGCAUCGAAAAUCUGUAUUUGUAACGGAUAUUCAUAGGUCUACUUUCCCUUUGUAUCGAUUUCAGAAUUCCUGAUAUUGCCUACAAGAAAUGUGCUGUGAGAUUCAAACAUUUAUAACAUUGAUUAUACAUACUUGAAAACAAAAUUACUUAUCGCAAGGAGAACAUUUUGAUCAUGAAUUCAUUGAUGAGUUAAAUGUUAAAACCAAUACGGUUUGUGAUCAGACCUUUUCCCCAAUUUUGCCUAAUAGAUAAUUUUUUUAUUUUUUUUCUCAUUUCUGUUAAAUAUGUUUCAAUAGGUUUAAAAUUGAUUUAUAAUAGUGGUACUGAUCAUGGAAUGGUUCAGUUUGCUAAGUGCGGAGGAACGUAGAGAUUCAUCACAGAUAACAAUCACACUUUCCAGCUUUGUAGCGUAAUAAGAAUAGAAAGCUUUCAACUAGCUUAAAUAGCGAGAUCAUAUAUUCAGCAAUAAACCAAAUAGAUGCCUGCAUCACAGUGUAUUUGAAAUGUCCACGUUUCCCGCCAUACUUUAGUUCCAUCCUCAGGCUUUGGGUGUUCAAAAUGAAUUCUGAAACAAACAAAAAAUAUAGAAUCUGCCUCAAUUAUUAAAAAAUUGUAUCAUUAUAUUUUAAGGUAUGAGUGUUUGUGUCUGUGUGUGUAUGUACUGUAUGUAUGUGUUUACUGAGAGAUAGAUUAAUGGGCAUGGUAUUAAGAGAAAUAAAUGAGUUAUGCAUUUUCCAAAACACUGAACUUCCAAUAUGCAUGUUACAGGAAUUGUAUUUCAUACAUUUUGAUGUAUUACACUCUUAUUUAUAUCUUUAACUGCAUACGUGACAAAUACAGAAAGGGUGUAAAGGUCUUGGUUUGGAAAGAAUUUGGAAUUGUUAAAACAUGAACAGUUUCACUUUGAGACUGAGUGGGGGGGGGAAAACUCCUUCUGUACUUGGUCAUCUCUGCAACAAGUCAAGUCAAGGUGAAAAUCCAGCCCAAAGAUGUGCUACAAAUGCUACGCUAUCAACCAUUUUGGUUUUUGUUUGGUUUACAUAUAACAUGAAAUGCAAAUGCACUCAAUUAUUGUAUAGGUCUGAAAAGAAAACUAUGCAACUUUUAUCUUAAGUCAUUCUGCUUUUUGCCACUUUGUGAACACCACAACUAGUUACGGCGUGUUAGGCAAUUGCAUUUUUCAUUAAAAGUGUUCAAAAACAAUGUAUUUUGACAAUGGCAAUUCACAAUAAAUAGAUUAUUUCUAUAA